GGGGAUCCUCCCGGCGAAGCUCACCGCCCAGCAGGGUAUCGUCCUGGCGGCGCUCGGGAUCCGUGGAGCGGAUGCGGCUGGAAUAUGACAGGAAGCUGAGAUGGGAAGAGCUCGAGUUAAGGAGGCAAGAACUGAAGGAAUGGGAGAACCAGCAUAAACAUGAGGAGAAACUGCGUAAACAUGAGCUGGAACUGGCCCGGCUGGCGAGCAGUGGGGCCCCGGCUGCGGUGAGUGAGGGGGGACCCGAGCCUACAAAGAGCCUUGAUAAGGGCUUGCUGGCCCGGCGUAAGGAGGGGAAGGACAUAGAUACCUUCCUGAAGGCCUUUGAGAAUGCCUGCGAGCUGCAGAAGGUUGGCCCUGCAGACAGGAUCUCAUUUCUCACCCCCUUACUGGACUCCACAACCGUGGAGGUGUACAGCCUACUGAAAGGGGUAGAGGCAGGGGACUACGAACUGUUCAAACAAGCCCUGCUCCGUGAGUUUGGGCUGACUCCUGAGAUGUACCGGAAAAGGUUCCGGAGUCAGCGUAAAACCCAUGAAGUCACAUACCUACAACUCAUCAACUGGGCACAGGGAUAUGCCCGCAAGUGGACAGCUGGGGCCCAAACUAAAGAGGAUCUGCUUGACCUAUUCAUACUAGAGCACCUGUACGAGCAGUGCCCGUCCAACCUGAGGGCUGUGGUUUGGUAA